AUGGGUAAAGCAAAUGAAACAGAUGACCUCAAGAAGGAGGUCGAGAUGGACGAGCACCAGAUUCCCGUUGAGGAACUGUGCCAACGUCUCGGUACAAACGCUGAUUCCGGUUUGACAGCUGAUCGUGCGAAAGAGCUUCUUGCGCAAAACGGAUACAAUGAGCUUACUCCUCCCAAAACUACUCCAGAGUGGAUUAAGUUUUGCCGAAAUCUUUUCGGUGGUUUCUCCACUCUUCUCUGGAUCGGUUCUAUCCUUUGCUUCUUCGCGUACGGAAUGGAAAUCGCCCGAGGUGCUGAGAACCCUCAGAAAGAUAACCUCUACCUUGGUAUCGUCCUCGCCACUGUCGUCAUCGUCACUGGUUGCUUCCAGUACUUCCAGGAGUCAAAAUCUUCCAAGAUUAUGGAAUCCUUCGCCAAGAUGGUCCCGCCAAAAACUCUGGUUAUUCGAGAUGGAAAGAGCAUGGAAAUCGAAGCCCGUAACCUCGUUCUCGGCGAUCUUGUCGAAAUCAAGGGUGGUAACCGAGUCCCUGCCGAUUUGCGAGUCAUCUCCGUCGCCUCGCUCAAGGUUGACAACUCAUCGCUCACCGGUGAGUCCGAACCGCAAACCCGAGAUGCCGAAGUCAGCAAAGUCGAAGCUCUUGAAGCCCGAAACAUCGCAUUCUUCUCCACCAACGCUUUGGAAGGAUCCGCCCGUGGUAUUGUCAUCCGAUGUGGUGACGAUACUGUCAUGGGUCGAAUCGCUGCUCUUGCGUCCAACGUCGAUUCUGGUGAUACUCCCAUCGCUCAAGAAAUCGAGCAUUUCAUCCAUAUCAUUACUGGCGUUGCCGUCUUCCUCGGUGUUACUUUCUUCAUCCUCUCGCUCUUCCUCGGCUACCAAUGGCUCGAAGCCGUCAUUUUCCUCAUUGGUAUCAUUGUCGCUAAUGUCCCAGAAGGUCUUCUCGCCACCGUCACUGUGUGCCUCACUCUCACCGCCAAGCGAAUGGCAAAGAAGAACUGCCUCGUCAAGAAUCUCGAAGCUGUCGAAACCCUUGGUUCAACUUCCACCAUUUGCUCCGACAAAACCGGAACUUUGACCCAGAACAGAAUGACCGUCGCGCAUUUGUGGUUUGACAACAAGAUCCACGAGGUCGAUACUACUGAAAACUCAUCUGGAGGCGCCAUUGCUUACAAAGACGACCAAUCGUGGCGCGCUCUUGGCCGAAUUGCCGCCCUCUGCAACCGAGCUGUUUUCCUUUCCGGGGAAGAAUCGAAGCCUAUUUCUCAGCGAGACACUGCUGGUGAUGCUUCUGAAUCCGCUCUGCUCAAGUGCUGCGAGAAAUCGAUGGGCAACGUCGAAGCCAUCCGAGCCCAGAACCCAAAGAAGGCCGAAAUUCCCUUCAACUCAACAAAUAAGUGGCAGCUUUCUGUCCACGAAGUCGACGGUGCUAACCUCCUUGUCAUGAAGGGAGCUCCAGAACGAAUUGUCGCCCGAUGCAGUAAGAUCCUCGUCAACGGCGUCGAACAGCCUAAACCUGACGACUUCCAAACAACAUUCGAAAACGCCAAUGCUCAUCUUGGAGGAAUGGGAGAACGAGUUCUCGGCUUCGCUCAUCUUCCUCUUGACCCAGUCGCCUUCCCUCUCGGAUUCGAGUUUGAUACCGACGAAAUGAACUUCCCCAGCGAAGAUCUUGUCUUUGUCGGUCUCAUGGCUAUGAUUGAUCCACCUCGAGCUGCAGUUCCAGAUGCUGUUGCCAAGUGCCGAUCCGCCGGUAUCAAAGUCAUUAUGGUCACUGGUGAUCAUCCCGUCACUGCUGCCGCUAUCGCUCGACAAGUCGGCAUCAUUUCCGACGGUUCAAAGACCGUCGACGAAAUCGCCAAGGAACGAGGCAUCGCCAAAUCUGAAGUCGAUCCCAAGGACGCUCGAGCUGCUGUCAUCACUGGCGCUGAACUUCGAGAACUUGACGACAGCGACCUCGACGAAAUCUUGCGAAAUCACCCCGAGAUCGUCUUCGCCAGAACAUCGCCCCAGCAGAAACUUAUUAUUGUCGAUGGAUGUCAGCGAGCUGGUCAGGUUGUUGCUGUCACCGGUGAUGGUGUCAACGACUCUCCUGCUCUCAAGAAGGCCGACAUUGGUGUUGCUAUGGGUAUUGCUGGUUCUGAUGUCUCUAAACAGGCUGCUGAUAUGAUCUUGCUCGAUGAUAACUUCGCUUCCAUCGUCACUGGUGUUGAGGAAGGCCGAUUGAUCUUCGACAACUUGAAGAAAUCUAUUGCCUACACGUUGACUUCCAAUAUUCCCGAAAUCUCUCCAUUCUUGAUCUUCAUCCUUUUCUCCAUUCCUCUCCCACUCGGAACAGUCACUAUUCUCUGCAUCGAUUUGGGUACCGAUCUCCUUCCAGCCAUCUCCCUCGCUUAUGAAACCGCCGAAUCCGACAUCAUGAAGCGUGAUCCACGAAACAAGUUCACCGACAAACUCGUUAACGAGCGACUGAUCUCCAUGGCUUACGGUCAAAUUGGUAUGAUCCAGGCUCUUGCCGGCUUCGUGUGCUACUUUUUCAUCAUGCUUGACCAUGGAUUCUUCCCAGGCGAUCUUCUCGGUCUUCGAGCAUUCUGGGACGAUGCUGAUUACCACACCAUCACCGAUUCAUACGGACAACAGUGGGCUUAUUCCCAGCGAAAGAUCGUCGAGUUCACUUGCCAUACUAUGUUCUUCACUGCUAUUGUCAUCGUCCAGUGGGCCGAUGUGAUCAUCUGCAAGACUAGACGAUUGUCGAUUGUUGAGCAAGGCAUGAACAACAAGGUUCUUAUCGCCGGUCUCUUUGAAGAAACUCUUCUUGCCGCUCUCUUGGCUUACUGCCCUGGAACUGACGCCAUGUUGCGUAUGUUCCCCGUCGAGUGGUAUUGCUGGCUUGUGCCCAUGCCCUUCUCGCUCAUCAUCUUCGUCUACGACGAAAUCCGACGAUACCUUCUCCGAAAGUCACCCGGCGGAUGGGUCGAGCUCGAGACCUAUUAUUAA